ACCGGCAUGUGCUAUAAGCACGAAUCAUGAAGAUCUGGGCGUCAGAGCAUGUUUUCAAAAGCCAGAAACAUUACCACUGCAUUGUUCAUUCUUGAUGCAGACAACACAUUAUUGUAGCCGACUGCGACCCCCGCCGCCAAACAACACUCCUCCACACUCACCCGGCACUCCACCUUCACACCGUGCCGGCGUGUCAAGUUCUCAAAGCACCGGGUGUUUGGGAAAGCCAUGCUUCCAGCAAAAAUGCCGCCAUCCAUGGGAAACAGUAACCAAAGCAGCCAUGCAGAAGUACCCAAACCCCAUGAACCCCAGUGUAUUUGGUGUAGAUGUGCUAGAUCGACACAUGGACCAGCAAGGUCGACUUUACAGUAAACGCCUACUCAGUACAGAAUGGGGUCUUCCUUCUGUUGUAAAAUCAAUAAUUGGUAAUGCGCGAGCAUGUACAUAUGUUCAAGAACACUCAGUUGUGGAUCCCAAGGAGAAAACUUUGGAACUUCAAUCAACAAAUAUCACUUUUACCAACAUGGUGUCUGUGGAUGAAAGGCUCAUUUACAGGCCACAUCCAGAAGACCCAGAGAAGACUAUACUUACUCAGGAGGCCAUCAUCUCUGUUAAGGGAGUCAGUUUGAGCAGCUACAUGGAAGGGCUUAUGGCAAGCACCAUCUCAACCAAUGCAGGAAAGGGCCGUGAAGCCAUGGAAUGGGUUAUCAGGCGACUAAACGCUGAGCUUGAGGAGCUAGCCAUUACAGCGCGAGGCACUAUUCGGCCACCCAUGGCAGCAGCAGUCACAGAAAAAUAAAUGUUCUAAGUUCAUACAGUUAUUACUCUUUCAUUAACAAAGUUUUUGUCACUUUUUCAUGACAGCAUUUUCCUCUUAUUUUUCCAUGUGUGACUCAAAUUUCUCCUUACCUCCCUCAGAUAAUGACUCUAUAUUAGAGGAUAGAGGGACAUUUAAGACCGAAAAGGAGGUUCUGCUUUAACACUGGCAGGUCUAUGUUUUAUAAAAACCAAGCAUAAUUUGGAUGAAAUAUAUAUGUAACAGGUAAUAACAAUUUAAGAAACUACCUCUUUGGUUUGGCUUACAGUCAUCACAUUCAGUAUCCAUUUACACACAUAUCCUUGCUCUCUAACAACAAUGUGUAAUUAAUUUACAUUUUACCUACUCCUUUAUUUUAAAAGGAAAUGGGUCUAGUUUAAUCACAGUAGUUUUAACUCAGAUUAACUUGUCAAACUUAUCAUUGGACCAGUCUGUGCUUUAGACCAGAUUACGGUGAUACCAAGUUUUGGCUGUAAUUUUUCGUGUGUAGAUGCAUUUAUGUGCAUCUUAAUUGUGCUCUUAUACAAAUAUUUAAAACUGAAUUUUGUUGUGUAUUUAUUGGUAUUAUACCAUUCCCAGCUGUUUAACAUGAACUGUAUGGUUUUUGUAUGGUAUCUGUUAAGUGUUUUAAAUCUAUUACAAAAUUUUUAUAUAUUAAUGUUUGUAACAUCUAUUUUGUUUUUAACAAUAGUUGUUUGUUCACUGGUGUAUGUACCACCAUCAAGCACACAUUACCUAUUUUCAGAUUUCAGCAUUGUAUGUUAUACAGCAUUUUACUUAAAAAUUAUAAAAAUUGUUAAAACCUAAUAGUGUUAAUAGUCUUACAUAUAGCAGGUAUUGAAAACAAUACAAAUGUGGGUUGCCUUGCUGGUGCUGCACUUGUGUCACUGGGACAUAAUUGGCUGGGACGUAAUUGGCCUUGUCUGAACAAAAAAAAAAAAAAAACAGAUGGUAAGUCACAUCAUUGCCAUUUCAACAGUGACUACCUACUGUUUGGUUAUUAAUACAGAGAGACUAGCUUGGUUCUCUGUACUCAGCUGCUAAGUGCUAUAAAUAUGUGGUUGGCAGCUUUACACUUGUCUGAGGUGGCAUGUGGUAGCCUGCAGACCUCCUUAUCCUAAUUGAGUGGACUGGGAGUCGAGUAUAAAAGAGAAAAUAUGGCAACAAUAUGCAUCACAUUAUGGAAUUUUGGAAAUGUGGAACAUCCUAAUUGGGAUAUGCUGGAAAAAUAUAAGUAAUUCACCAAAUGUAUAAAAAUAUAUGUUUCUCUAUGUUGUUAUAAGCUUUAAGGAUUUAACGUGAUGGUUGUUGUAUCACAAAGACAGCUAAAUGUAACAGCAUGCUAAUGAACAUUGUCUUCCGUGAUGGCAAACGGGGGUUGGUAGAAUUGUCAUGCUGCAGUUAGUUAAAAAAAAUAAUAAUUAUUUAUUUAUAUAUUGGACUUUUAUAAUUAUUGUUUUGUGCUGUAAUGGACAAAAUGUGCAAUGGUACUUGUAUUGCAUUGGUGGGUUUAAAAAAGUUGUCUAGAAAUGUUAAAGCAUUUGCCUGUUAAUAACUUAAUUACUGCUAAACAAGAUACUUAUUGUGUAUGAAUUGGUUGUUAAAUGUGUUUGGUUUUAUAAGAGUUUAUUACAUUGUAGCAAGGCCUGUACUAAAUAAAUUAACUAAUACAUACAGUUCCAAUCAGAAAUAUGCAAACCCCUUUACCUCAAAAGUUAUUAUGGUGAUGUGUAUAGAACCAAAUGAAAAUACACAAGACUUGUCAGUAGGCAGAAAGAUAUUUAUUGCUGCAUACAAUCAGCAAUUCUGCUAGCAUAUGUUAAUGUAAUUUUACUCAACCCCAACCCUCAGUACUUGGUGGAAAAUCCUUUUGCCUUAAUAACCUCUAAUAAGCACUUUUGCCCAUUCUUCUUGUGUUUUUUUAAUUCAUUGAGGUUCGAUAACUUUUGUUAAUCUAAACCUCACCAAAGAUUCUCAUUGAAAUUUAAAUGUGGGGAUUGAGAAGAGCACUUCAGAAUAUUCCAGGAUACCUUGAUCAUACCUCAACCAAGAUUUGGUUGAUUUGGAAGUGUGCAUGGGGAUCAUUGUCUUGCCUGAAAGUCCAGCUAUCUCCAGGAUUCAACGAAAAAUAAUAUUCCUCUUCAAAAUGCUGUGGUGUUUAUGUGAGUCCAUCUCAGUAACAUGGUCAAGAUUGCCGAUUUCUGCAGCAGAAAAAUAUUCCAACAUUACUGAUCCACUUCCUCGCUUGAGUGUGGAGAUAGUAUUCUUUUUGUUAUAAGCCUCAACUAUCUUGUGCCAAAUCCAAAUGGCCAAACAGUUUCAGUUUUGAUUCAUGACAUCAUAGAACUGUGUCGCAGAUCUCUGCAUUCCGUAUGGCAUGUUUUAGUCAAUGCCUUCUGUGCUUCUUGGCCAAAAAUGGCAUGCCUCAUCAAGUCCAGCCAUUAGGUUCUUGUUGUUAAAUGUUGUUCUUAUUGUUGCCACUGACACAUUUGUUCCAAUGUUUAUCAGGUCACCCUGUAAUUAUUUUGCAGUAACCUGGGACUUUUUAUGUUGCCCUGAUAAUAUUGGUAAUAUUUUGGGCUUUCUUCUACAGCAAGGCAGAUUUCUCAUAAUAUGUAGGGGUUAAAUAGUUUUUACAUGACAGUAUUAACAAAAUAUCCUGCUGCUUCAUUUGUUCUUUGUUCAUUUGCUGUAUCCUUUAACUGAUAUAGAUUGAAAGCAAAAUUUAGCUUGACAUUUAGAGUUAUAAAUCCUUAUUUUAUUUUGGGGGGUUGAAUAUUUUUGAUUGCACACAUUAAAAGAUAUUGAAAUAUGCUGUAAGAAAUAAUCAAUGAGACCAGGGAGACUCAGGUGUUAUGUUGGUAUAAGAAACAGAUCUUACAUGUUUUCCAAUAAAGCACACCUAGGGUUUCAUAACAA